AUGAAGCUCUCCAUCCUCACCGCCGCAACCCUCGCCCUCCCGGCCCUCGCCCAACUGCGCCCACCCAUCCAAUUCCCAGGACUGGGCGAAUGCCCCGACGAGUGCAUCUCCAUCCGCAUCCCCACCUCCGGCGCCCUGAUGGCCUGCUGCGGUACCGCGGAGGGCUGCGUCGACUGCGGGCCCGACUGCACCGCCAGCUGCGCGAGCGGUCGGUACGGAGCGUGCGUGUCUCUAGGCGAUACAGAGACAACCUGCAGCACGGGGUGCGAGGAAAUGUGCCAGAGCGAGCUUGUUUACACGCAGGACUACACGCUCUGCAAUGUUGGCGGACACCCGCUGGAGCCGACGCCUGAGGGUUGUCCUUAG